AUAAGCUGAUCUAGUUAUUAAUUUAGGGUAAAGUUUCGGUUUUUGUUACCCUUGUUCAAGUAGCCUUUGCAUCAACUGUUUGAUUGGUUGUGUCCACUGUUCUGCUGUGUCACAAAGAGAAAUGAUGUGAGUUUGGUCACUGAUAAACUAAUACGGUAUAUGGAGGCAUUAGUUUAAUGAAAUCUGUAAGUUGUAUCAGACCCCCGGCUAGCAUGCAGCUCUGUAUGGGUGGAGCACAGUAACCGAUCCCUCAUCUCUGAUUAGUGGAGAUGGUGAGGAUCCAUUCAGAUCUUAAGACCGAAGGACAGGCCUCAGUGGACUGGCUGGUAAUCUGUGUGUCCUCACUGCCGUUGGGAAUUAGGACUUAAGCUCAGGGGUUUUAAGAGCAAACAACCUGCUUUUUACUGUGCUAACCUGACAGCCAUAGACCACCGGCAACAUGAGAGCGCUCCAUUUCUUCAUGUUGCUGGGCCUGGGCCUCAUCCUCCUCGCUGCUCACAGUGAGGCACUGAAGUGUUACACCUGCAUGGGCUCUACAGAUGAAGACUGUAAUCGCCAAGGAUCUAAAACAUGUCCGAGCUACUCAGAUGCAUGUGCUGUUGUCCGUGGACAUGGCAGUGGCGUAAUGAAGUCGUGCUCAUACAAAUCCUUCUGCAGCCAGGCUAACAGCCAGGGCUACAGAGCUCCAGGGGUCAAAGUUCACUGCUGCUACUCUGAUGACUGCAAUGUGGCAGGACACGCCACCAGAAUCAGCACAGGCUUCAGCUUCCUCCUGGGCCUUCUGUUAUUCGUCUGGCAUCUGCUGUCAAACUAAUGCUACCCUAGACAAACUGACAUGGCUAUUAAAGACCAUUACCAUUAUGGAACUCUGUAUACUCUGUGAUUGUUGACAUACAUACUGAUAAUAUACCACACUGCAAAUGUCAGCAAGUGUACUGCCAUGGGAUUGUGCAUGCAGUGAGUAUUAGGUUAAUAAAGCACACACACACAAAGAGCUGCACAUAUACAGAUUUUGUCACAUUUCUACUCUGCAUAAAGCAAAUGUAUUUAUUGGUCAAACUUUCUAGGAAUUCAAAAAGCCAAACACCUUUUUAUUCUGUAGGCCAAAUGAAUCUAAAUGAACUCUUUUAUAGGGAUGGUUCACUUAAAAAUGAAACCCCAUCAUUAUUUACUCACCCUCAUGUCAUUCCAAAGCACAGAAAUAUUUAUAAAGCUUUUUUUGAACAUAGUUUUUUUGAACAUAGUUCCUUGGUCAACAACUGUUUUCACUGUACUGCAAGCAAAAGAACAGCUGGGACAUUUUACUAGAUAACUCCAAUUGUGUACCCGAGUAAAUAAUGACAGAAUGUUUAGUUUUUGGUGAAUUAUCUAUUUUGUUGUAAUGAACAAAGGGUUUGGUAUAAUGAAGAAGGAGAUGUUUUAAGAUGAGCCUCAAAUAUGUAGUAAAUGAAUGUGUAGUUUAAUUUUCAUGUCUCUCUAUACAUGGAAAUGAAUAUGAAGACUACACUCUCUGGCUUGUUUGGCUUUUGUGCUUGAUUGUAAAUAAACACUGCUUUUUCCUUAUGGUUCA